CACAUAAGAUUCAGUGUGAAUAUAAACUUUACAAAAUAAACACAAUGUGAAUUUAAAAAAUAUAAAACACACUGAAUUUGGUUUUGUUAACCCUAAAAAACCUGACCUAUAAAAUAAUAAUCUGAUUUAUUUUUUUUUUCAUUAGAACAGUUUCUUGAACCUUAGAACACACACACACCACUAUACCACGCCGCUUGAGAAGUUCUUUGACAGACAUAACAAUGCCAGCAGGGGUCACUCAUACUUCAUUAAACAGGUAAUUUUGCUGAAAUACAUAUUACGUGGAACAAUUUUUGACAUGAAAAUUUUUUUGACAUGCCUAUGCAACAAGAAUAACAAUAUUCCUUUAAAAAGCAUGUUUAUGUUGCUACUGAUGCUAAUGGUGUUGCACAAUAAUACACAGAUCGUAAAUAAAACACGGCUAUUGAUCAAUAAGCAUCAAGGACCAGAAUUAUCUGUCUUAUUAGAUGCAUCUUAUCCAAUACUGUGAGGGAUGAUUUAAAAAAAAAAAAGUUAAACCCUGUAGAUGCAACAUUAGAUGUCACGUGAUAGUGUUGUGACGUCAUCGGGACUUUAGAACGUUCGGGGCCUAUACAAGAAGGAAAAACCCACACACACAUACACACACAAAAAGGAGGAAAGUUGUCAGUCAGUUCAUAUCAUAACCUUUCUAUGACUAAGACUUGAACCCUUCUUGGAUACAGUCGUGAUUUGUGAGUUCUACACAGCAUCUGUGUUUUGUACAAAGAGCUUUUUUGUUAAGAAUAGGCUAUUCUUAAAAGGACAAUAAAAAAUGGUAACGUCCUACAAUUGGUCUUCAGGUGAGGGUAGCCAAGAACCAAAUGACCAGGGGUCAUUGCUUGUCAGUGAUUUGCACCCAGAUGUGACCGAACAACUGUUGCAUGCAAUAUUCAGCCCAGUCGGACCAAUCUGUUCUGUGCAAGUGUGCAGAAGCACAAUAACCAACCAGUCUUGUGGGUAUGGUUUUGUGACCUUUGAACACCGCCAACAUGCAGAAAAUGCCCUAGAGGCUCAGUUGUUUGGAGCUCAUGGGCAAACCAAUGUGCAUCACAUGGGCCCAACACAUAACUAUUAAUGUCCAAGCAAGGCACAAUGACAGGCCCGCUAUAUAGAAUGCUGUUUCAAACUUUGGGGAAAUCCUGAAGCGCAGAGAGGUCUGUGUCAGGAAUGGCAAACCUAAAAAAAAGGAGAGCAGCUCUAAUCCACCAGUGUCACUGAUUGUGAAUGAGCUGCACCCAAAUGUGACAGAACAGGAGUUGCAUGCAAUAUUCUUCCCAUUCGGCCCCAUCUGUACUGUGAAAGUGUACAGAGAUAUAAGAACCAACCUGUCUCACGGGUAUGUGACCUAGUUUUACUUUGGCUCCUAAUUGUCAUUUCGUUCACCUGGGUUUGAUUAAUUAACUCAUUAGUUCUUUCGUUUGCUCCCCUACAAAUACUCUCAGUUUUCCCUUAAUCGAGGUCCGUUCUCGUUAAUGUAAUGUUGGUCUACUUGCCUUUUUCCUGGAUUUGUUGAUUAAAAUACCUUUUGUAUAUCUCCCUCGUCCUCGUACCUCACCAACCCGUAACAGAAGAACGGACCCAAACGAUGACUGCAGCUGAGGACGCGCUGUGGGGAUUGCGGCAAGGCGGUCAGAGGUUGGAGCGAUAUGUGUCGGGUUUCCUCGAGCUCUCCAACCGGGUGAGUUGGCACGACACUGCUCUAGGUGCGUGCUUCCUGCUGGGGUUGGAUGACGAAAUAAUCUGCUGCGCUCUCCCAAUGGGUGAUUUUCCUUUGAUCGAGUUGAUUAAUCUCGUUCUAUUCCUAAAUAGCUCUGAUAUGGAUGUUGAGGGAGUAAUGAGACUUCCCAAGUCUCGUCAUCCAACUCCCGCAGGAAUGUGCCAUGUCUCCCCAGCUCACCCCACGCCGAGAACCUCCACAUACCCCUCCAACGGCUCCUACCGCCUGCCUAACUCCAAAUUCCCUGUGGUCCUCCGAAGCUCUGCUGGAGUCUUCAGCCCAGGAGCGCCGGGUUCACCGCAGUCAAGAUGGCCGGCUAAUCGGAAGUCAAGCCCGCCGGAUGUUCAUGUGGCACUCGUUCCAGUGCCAACUCCUCAAAAGCGCUUUGCUGUGCCUGCUCUUCCAGAGUGCCCUCCAGUGCCAGCACCACAUAAGCGCUACCUUGAUCCCCUGUUCAGCCCAGGGAGGGCUCCUGUUUUCCCGUUAAGCCCGGGAAGGGCUCCGGAUCCCCAGUUUAGCCCGGGAAGGGCUCCUGAUCCCCAGUUUAGCCCGGGAAGGGCUCCUGAUCCCCAGUUCUGCCCGGGAAGGUCUCCGGCCCCAGAGCUCUCUCCAGUGUCGGCUCCGGCCCCAGAACUCGCUCCAGUGUCUGCUCCAGCCCCAGAGCUCGCUCCAGAGGGUAAAUCAGCUAUAAUGGACAUGGCGCUGCCCCCGGGGUUCUCGGCACCCGUCCUCACCCCAGAAGCCGCUCUAACAUGCUUCUCUGAACCUCCUUCGUCUCCUUCACCUCCGCGGGUCCGGUCCAGCUCUCCUUCGUCUCCUUCGCCUCCGCUGGUCCCGUCCAGCUCUCCUUCGCCUCCGCUGGUCCCAUCCAACUCUUCUUUGUCUCCUUCGCAUCCGCUGGUCCUGUCCAGCCCUCUUUCGACCUGCCUGUUCCGCCAUGAUGACCUGAACUGCCUGCUCCGCCAUGGCUCCCAGAGCUCCCUGAUCCGCCCCCCUCCCCGGUGGUACUGUUACGGCGCGGGACGUGCCUUCCAGGAGGGGGGGAGUAAUGUUAGGGUUAUGUUUAGUUUUUGUUCUGUUUUCUGUUCCCCUGUGACCUAGUUUUACUUUGGCUCCUAAUUGUCAUUUCGUUCACCUGGGUUUGAUUAACUCAUUAGUUCUUUAGUUUGCUCCCCUACAAAUACGGUUUUCCCUUAGUCGAGGUCCGUUCUCGUUAAUGUAAUGUUGGUCUACGUGCCUGUCUCCUGGAUUUGUUGAUUAAAAUACCUUUUGUAUAUCUCCCUCGUCCUGGUGUGUGUACCUCACCAACCCGUAAC